AUGGACUGUCUUCAGUGCCUGAUGUCUUCUUCUUGUGAGAAUUUACAACAGAUUAUCAUUCGCAAGUCGCAACCUCUACCUUGCAAUAUUCCAUAUUCAAUGCUAUAUAGGAUUGCUUCAACCUACCUCCACAUAGCAAAUGUGUAUGAAUUAGAAGGACAGCAUCGUGGUCUUGUUGGUGAUGGGGUGGGGGUGGAGGUGGAGGGGGAGGGGGUGGAGAUGGUUGGUGUAAGUGGCUCCGGCUCUGGUAGUGGCUCCGGUAGCGAUGCUAGUGGUGCAAGCUAUGGAGGAGGAGGUGGAGGAGGAGGUGGGGGCGGCGGCAGUGGCUCUGGUUUUGGAGAAGGCUAUGGCGAAGGUUACAAUGGUGGUGGCGCUGGCGCUGGUGGUUCUCCAUGUGGAGGAUCACCAUCAUACGUGACUGUUUUUAUUGGCUACUGCCUACUAGCCAUGUCUCGUGUUUGUGCUUCUUCCCUUUAG